UCACUCUAGUCCACCUGGCCAGUAGCUGCCAAGAUAAUUUUUCUGGAACAGUACUGUGCUGUGAUCUGCUUGAAGACCUGCAGAGACACCCUCCCUGCGCCUGCCAAGUUGCCUAACGAUCAUUUAAAAGUCUCCUUUCUGCUUUUGAAGAUGUAACCUGGCCGCAACCUACCUUGUUACCUCUUUUUCUCUUGUGUAACCUUGACAUACAGCUAGUCGAGAUAAAAGCAACAGUAUUUGAUGACUGCAAGAAAGAAGAUGAAUGGAAGAUAAUGCUUUUAGAUGAAUUUACCACUAAGCUCUUGGCAUCAUGUUGCAAAAUGACAGAUCUCCUGGCAGAGGGUAUAACUGUUGUGGAGAAUAUUUAUAAGAAUCGAGAACCCGUCAGACAAAUGAAAGCUCUUUAUUUUAUCUCUCCAACAUCAAAAUCUGUAGACUGUUUUUUACGUGAUUUUCCAAGUAAAUCGGAGAACAAAUAUAAAGCAGCAUAUAUAUACUUCACUGACUUUUGCCCUGAUAUUCUCUUUAACAAAAUUAAGGCUUCUUGCUCCAAGUCAAUAAGAAGAUGUAAAGAAAUAAAUAUUUCCUUCAUUCCACUUGAAUCUCAGGUAUAUACUCUUGAUGUACCAGAUGCAUUCUAUUACUGUUACAGUCCAGACCCCAGUAAUGCAAAUGGGAAAGAUGCCGUAAUGGAAGCGAUGGCUGAGCAGAUAGUCACAGUAUGUGCUGCCCUGGAUGAAAACCCCGGCGUGAGGUAUAAAAGUAAACCUCUAGACAAUGCCAAUAAGCUUGCCCAGCUUGUUGAAAAAAAACUUGAAAACUACUACAAGACUGAUGAAAAGAGCCUAAUAAAGGGUAAAACUCAUUCCCAGCUCAUAAUAAUUGAUCGUGGCUUCGAUCCUGUGUCCACUGUCCUACAUGAACUGACCUUUCAGGCAAUGGCAUAUGACCUACUGCCAAUCGAGAAUGAUACAUACAAAUACAAGACAGAUGGGAAAGAAAAGGAGGCAGUCCUUGAAGAAGAUGAUGACCUCUGGGUCCGAAUUCGACAUCGGCACAUUGCGGUUGUAUUAGAGGAAAUUCCCAAGCUUAUGAAGGAAAUUUCGUCAACAAAGAAAGCAACAGAAGGAAAAACAUCACUUAGCGCUCUUGCCCAACUGAUGAAAAAGAUGCCUCAUUUCCGUAAACAGAUCACUAAGCAAGUUGUCCAUCUUAACUUAGCAGAAGAUUGUAUGAAAAAAUUCAGGCCUAAUAUAGAAAAGCUCUGCAAAACUGAACAGGACCUGGCACUUGGAACUGAUGCAGAAGGACAGAAGGUGAAAGAUUACAUGCGAGUGCUUCUUCCAGUUCUACUCAGCAAAAACCACGAUAAUUAUGAUAAAAUACGAGCAAUCCUGCUCUAUAUCUUCAGUAAUAAUGGAACUACAGAAGAAAAUUUGGACAGGUUGAUCCAGAAUGUGAAGAUAGAAAAUGAGAGUGACAUGAUUCGUAACUGGAGUUACCUUGGUGUUCCCAUUGUCCCCCAGUCUUCACAAGGCAAACCAUUACGAAAGGAUCGGUCUGCAGAAGAAACUUUUCAGCUCUCUCGAUGGACACCUUAUAUCAAAGAUGUUUUGGAGGAUGCCAUCGAUAAUAGAUUAGAUUCAAGGGAAUGGCCGUAUUGUUCCCAGUGUCCAGCAGUGUGGAACGGCUCAGGGGCUGUAAGUGCUCGCCAGAAACCCAGAGCUAAUUAUUUAGAGGACCGAAAAAACGGGUCAAAGCUGAUUGUUUUUGUUAUUGGAGGAAUUACGUACUCUGAAAUGCGUUGUGCUUAUGAAGUUUCUCAGGCACAUAAAUCCUGUGAAGUUAUUAUUGGGUCUACGCAUAUUUUAACACCCAAAAAGCUGCUGGAUGACAUAAAGAUGCUGAAUAAAUCCAAGGAUAAAGUCUCCAUUAUUAAGGAUGAAUAGUAUUUGGAGGGUGGGGCAGUUCUUAUCAAUACUUUCAUCUAAACUAGAUCAAGAUAGUGCUACUAUUACCCAGUUUAAACAAUGUAAAUAUUUUAUAGAAUAAUGACUUUUCAAAUAUAUUUCCUAAAGGACUGCUUAUAAUUACGUAUAAUUGGAUUUGCCACUUCUAAUAAUUUAAGUAUUGUUGAUACUUUGUUGAUGAUGAGAAUAACUAUUAAAAUGCUUUUAAAAAGAAAUGUUUUCACCUUUGGAACAAAAAAUAAGAGUUGUGGGUAAUUGUUCACAGCCAUUUGUGUACAUACUAAUUACUUAUUAGAUACCUGUUUUGUGCUGAAAUACAGUUUUUGGGGAAAGAAUGAUUUUAAAUGAAAAAGUUCCAAAAUUAAAAACUGUAAGUGUGUAUGUAUGAGAGAAUGGUUUUCUAUAAGUGUACUUUUUUCACAACUGAACUUCAUCAUUUCUUUUAUGCAUAAAAUAAUUCAGUCAAAAUUAGAAUGAUUUCACAGUAUAUACUGUAUUGCUAUACAUUUCUAAAGAGCAUAAUUUUAUAUAACUUUAAAUUCAUAUAUGUUUAAAUUAGAAAGCCAAAAAUAACCAUGAACAUUCUAAGAGGAAAUAAAUAUAUAAUUAUAAGAAUUAUCUUUGGUUUUUGGGGGGUAUGCAUAGGAGAAGUUAGGAAGUUUAAAACUUUGAAGCUGGGGAGCUGGAAAGAAGAAAAAGAAUGCACCAUAAUCUUCCCACCAAGAUAACCCAUUGACUUUAAAAAAUAAUAAUGUAAUAUAUGUGUAAGGUUGGGUAAUGCCAUCAUACACCACUUAACAACAGGGAUACACUGUGAGAAAUGUGUCAUCAGGAAAGCUUGUCCUUGUGUGGAUGUCAUCAAGCGCACUUACACCUAGAUGGUACAGCCUACUGCACACCUGGGCUGUGUGGUAGAGCCUGCUGCUCGCAGGCUCAAGCCUGUCCAGCACGUUACUGUACAAAACAACACGAGACUCAGUCAAACACGAGAGAAAAUGAUGCAAUCGAGAAACACAGUAAACACGAGAUGUAUGGGGCUGCUGCCGGCAUAACACAACAUACUGUGUUUUACAGGACACUUUUUUUAUAAGCAGAAAGAGUACACUCUAAAAUAACAGUAGCCCUGGCCAGGUAGCUCAUUUGGUUAGAGCAUCAUCCCAAUACGCCACGUUUGUGGGUUUGACUCCAGUCAGGGCACCUACAGAAAG